AUGGGCCGCCUUGUAGGCCGUCACAGACGACGUCUGGCCCCGCCAUUUAUCCACGCAGUGGCAUUAAACCCGCAGAUCGCAGAGAUAGUCGCCAACUUUCAAGUCACACCGGAUCGAUUCAAGCUGGCUAGAACGCCCGCCGUCGUCAAGGUCACUUCUGACAUCACCAGUCGGCUGGUGGCUGGUGCAGGUCUUUCAGGAGUUGACCCGCGCAACCACGCAACCAAUGUCGACUCGGAUUACGACAACGACAACGACUCUGAGUCUGAGAUCACUGACGAGGACUCGGACUCGGAGGAUUCGGGUGAUGAUGAGAUUUUGGGCAAGUACGAUGAGAAAGUCGUAGAGUUCCUCAACACUCUGCCGCCUGUCAUCGAACGAAAACACAAUUCAACGCCCAUUGAGAAGGUGUCUGCACUUCAGGAGGGAAUUGAGCCCUUUCAACAUCAGAAAGUGGCCGCUGCAUUCGCGCUGGAUACCUUGAGCGACGACAACUUGUUUAAAGGCUGUCUCAUCGCUGACCCGCCCGGACUUGGAAAGACUCUGUCAUCGUUGAUGGCUGCAUCAGAGUCGCGACGUCCAGGCGACGGGCCUUGUGUCGUGGUAGCCCCUCGAUCUUGCUGUGAUCAGUGGAUGCGCGAGGGUAAUCGCUUCUUCGGUGAUAAUUUGAAGAUGAUCAUGGUGACGGGAGAGCCCAUCUCACCGAUGGAGCUAUUCAAAUACGACGUGGUAGUUACUGCAUACAGCACCCUCGUCGCUGAGACGCAGCGGUGCAAAAAACUACUGAUUCUGGAUGAAGGACAUGCAAUCAAGAACACUCGAACGAUAGCAUUCAACACCAUUGCCCGUUUUCGAGAGCGAUUCGAUGCGUGUAUCAUGCUCACUGCCACACCACUGGAUAACACAUGGGUGGACGUCUUUGCUCUUGCCUGCCUGCUACGUGGUCACAACAUCCGUUCCUUGAGCAACUUUCGCUCUGCAUUUACCGACCCAUCUGACAAGAAAACUCAGAAGAACGCACGCGUCCCUUGA